AUGCGGCCAGAGAUUCCUUUGACCCACUUUGUGGCAAUAGCGAACUAUGCGCCUGUGGUUUUCACAGAGAACGCGCUAUCACUGAACAAUGGCGUCUUCUUCCUGCAGGUGGACGAAGAUGGCCCCGGAAAAAGGUUCUUCUCCGCUUGGAGGCGAGGCUGUCGUACCGGCGAAUGGCCAUGGGCAGACAAUGGCUGCAUGUACGAGGUCAUGUUGCAUCACUUUGCUGGUGAGCGCUACACGGGCGCUUGCACCAGUUUCCGGCAAGACGACUUCAACGAAGCCAGACCAGAACCUCCCACUGGUGAGGAGUUGAUGAAGUGCUUCAACUCGGAGAUGGACGCCUUGGGUAUGGGUUGCUGCGACCGUGACAUCAAAGAUUUUGCCUUCCUCACAGGGGAGGACUCCUUCAACCACCACCCAUGCGAUGAGCUGCUUCGCAAACCAGCCUUGCAGGAGUAUGACCGUGCUUUGAUCCAAGCGCAUUGCUUUGAAGAUGGCUGGGACCUAAGUUGA